AUGUUUCCCACAAACUCUUUCCAGCAGUUUGCUUCAUCCAUCCAUGUCUUCCCUCCUCCCGAUUCCUUUCUUGAUUAUGAAAAAGAUGGUGUUUGUAUCAACCACCACUACCGCAACGACAACCCAUUUGUCUCCGGCGAUUGUUGUUUUCAAGCCUUUAGUGGUAGUCCCCCUACGGCCACGGAGAAGUUUGCUACAUGUAAACAAGAUUCCUUUGAGGAGCUGCAACAGCAGUACUACUGUGAAGACUAUCAUCAUCUGUUCGAGUCAGGAGUUUCUCCCACGAAGAAAAAAAAGACACCCAAGAAAGAUAAUCAUAGCAAGAUCCACACUGCUCAAGGCCCUAGAGAUCGAAGGGUGAGAUUGUCCAUUGAGGUUGCACGAAAAUUCUUCUGUCUUCAAGACUUGCUAGGGUUUGAUAAAGCAAGCACAACCCUUGAUUGGCUCUUUAGCAAGUCCAAGAUCGAGAUUGACAAGUUGGUUAAAGGAAAGAAGCACAGCUCAUCAUCUUCGACUGUUACCGACCAAUCUGAAGUGGGUUUCCUGGAAACCCUCACGGGAGGCUCAGAUGACCAAGAUAAAAGGCAAAAGAAGUCAGCACCCAAGUACUGUCUCCAGGGAAAAAAGAAGAAAAUGACACGAAAACACAAAUCUGGAUUUCCUGUGAAUCAGUCAAGGGCAGAGGCAAGAGCAAGAGCAAGAGAAAGGACACAAGAAAAAUUGCGUAAUAGAAAUAGAAUGCUCGACAACGACUCGAAGAAAGCUCUUGGUGGCCCUUGCUGUCCUGCAAGCUCUCCAAGCUUAACAGUACUCCAACCAAGCUUUUGGAGUGCAAUUGAAUCAGAAAAUGAGUAUAACGACAGGAUUGCAGAAUUAAUUACGGCACAAAAAAUCUCAAUGCCAUCUUCCAUGUUGUGUUGUUAUCAGCACAACCUUACUGUGUCAAACAAUUCUAGCUCUACCUUCACCAGUUUGCCUGAUUUUACAGUUGUUCACGAGCAGCAGGGCGACAGUGUAUCGAUUUAG